AUGGCUGACGCUCCUCCGACCUUCAAACUUGUGCUCGUUGGCGACGGUGGGACUGGAAAGACCACGUUUGUCAAGCGCCAUUUGACCGGAGAGUUUGAGAAGAAGUACAUCGCAACACUCGGUGUCGAAGUCCACCCUCUUGGCUUCACAACAAACUUGGGCCCCAUCCAGUUCGAUGUCUGGGACACCGCAGGGCAGGAGAAGUUUGGUGGUCUCCGCGAUGGUUACUACAUCAACGGCCAGUGCGGCAUCAUCAUGUUCGACGUCACAUCGCGCAUUACGUACAAGAAUGUACCGAACUGGCACCGCGAUCUCGUCCGUGUUUGCGAGAACAUCCCUAUCGUCCUUACGGGCAACAAGGUCGACGUGAAGGAGCGCAAGGUCAAGGCUAAGACAAUCACCUUCCACCGCAAGAAGAACCUUCAGUACUACGACAUCUCCGCCAAGUCCAAUUACAACUUCGAGAAGCCGUUCCUCUGGCUUGCAAGAAAGCUCGUCGGCAACCAGACCCUGGAAUUCGUCGCUGCACCCGCUCUUGCUCCUCCGGAAGUCCAGGUCGACCAGGCCGUCCUUGAGCAGUACAAGGAGGAGAUGGAGCGCGCCGCUCAGAUGCCGCUGCCGGAUGAGGAGGACCCGGAUUUGUAG